GAUGCCGGCUAGAAGAUUGACAGAAGCUCUAGAAGCAAGCAAAAAAACAGAUCUCAAUGGAUUGGACAUUAAGCUGACUUAUUCGUGUACUUUCUCUGAAAAUUCAGUAUAUUCAUUGCAAUUCAACUCUGUUGGCUCUUUAGCGUUGGGUUUAGCUGAUGGAACCAUACAAUUUAGGGACUCGGAUCAUAAACAAAUUUCAACCACAAAGGCUAUUGAUGGUGAUAUUCCUGUAAUGUCAGUUAAAUGGAUAAAAAAAGAUGGAAUUUUAGCCACUCUUGCUUCAGGAAGCAUAAUUGAAUGUUCUAUAAACACUGGAGACCCGCAAAUCCGCCGUCUCUUCAAAGAACCUAGUGGUACAAAUUGCCUAGAUAUUUCACCAAACAAUCAGGCAACUACUGGAGGAAGUGAUGGUUGUUUGAGAAUUUACGAUUUAUCUUCAGAAACAAUGGUUCGUGAUUGUAGUUGGCAUACUAGUAGAAUUUUUUCUGUUAAAUGGAAAGACUAUUCGGUGCUUGUAUCGGGAGGUUGGGAUAAUGUUAUAAAGUUAUGGGAUACCCGCACCAGAGGAACAAGUGUUGUGAAUAUUUCCGGUCCUCAUAUAUGUGGUGAUGCCAUUGAUACUUUUGAUAAUUUUUUAUUAACUGGCUCCUGGAGAAAACAUUCUGCUUUGGAGUUGUGGGACUGCAGAUUUUCCAGUCAUCCAGCUGUUAUAUUUAAUUUAGACAGCCCUGAAAAAGGUGAAUAUUUGUAUUGCGCAAGUUUACUAGCGCAAGCGAAUUCAGCUUUAGCAGCCGGUAGUGGUACCUGUGGUUUACAUUUGGUUAACCUAAUAACUGGGAAAAUCACAGCGUUCGUGUCAUUCUCAAGAGCUGUUCAAACGAUGCAUGUAAAUAAUGAAGAGGCAGCUAUGGCUGGAUGUGGUUCAAAUAUUCGUGUUUGUUCACUUCUUCGAUGA